CAAGUGGAGUGGAAUUCAGCUCUUGAAUUUCCCUCUUCUAGCCCUAUGAGUUUUGCUGCUGGUGAUUCAGAGCAUUCUCACAAGUCAGUAGUGACCCCAAAGUCACCAUGGCUGCCCUGGGCAUCACAGUUGCCCUGUUGGUGUGGAUGGCCACCCUCAUGCUUAUCUCUGUCUGGAAGCAGAUCUACAGCAGCUGGAAACUACCUCCUGGCCCUUUCCCACUGCCCAUUAUUGGGAAUCUUCUCCAGUUGGAUUUCAAGAAUGUUCCCAAAUCUUUCACCAAGUUGGCAGAGCGGUACGGGCCUGUGUUCACCUUGUACCUGGGCUCCCAGCGCACCGUGGUUCUGCAUGGCUAUAAGGCAGUGAAGGAAGUCCUGCUCGACUACAAGAAUGAAUUUUCUGGCAGAGGAGAAACCUAUGCGUUUGAGGCACACAAGGAAAAAGGAAUCACAUUCAACAAUGGCCCGAGCUGGAAGGACACCCGGCGCCUGUCUCUGAGCAUCCUCCGGGACUAUGGCAUGGGGAAGCUUGCCAAUGAGGAGCGGAUCCAGAGGGAGGUGCCCUUCCUGAUGGAGGCUUUCAGAGGGACCCAGGGGCAGCCCUUCGACCCCACCUUUGUUCUGGGCUAUGCUCCCUGCAACGUCAUCUCAGACAUCCUCUUCCGCAAGCGCUUUGAUUACACGGACCAAACCGGGCUGAGGAUACAGAAGCUGUUCAAUGAGAACUUCCACCUGCUCAGCACCAGCUGGCUCCAAUUAUAUAACAUUUUCCCAAGCUAUAUGCGCUACCUGCCUGGAAACCAUAGAAAAGUAAUAAAAAAUGUGUAUGAAAUAAAAAGUUAUACUGCAGCAAGGGUGAAGGAGCAUGAGGAGUCGCUGGACCCCAACUGCCCCCGGGACUUCACCGACAGCCUGCUCCUGGAGAUGCGGAAGGAAAGAUACACCAAAGAGCCUUGGUUCACCUUUGACAACAUUGCUGCCACCGUAGCUGACCUGUUUUUUGCGGGUACAGAGACCACCAGCACCACUCUGAGAUAUGGGCUCCUGAUUCUCAUGAAAUACCCAGAGAUUGAAGAGAAACUGCAUGAAGAAAUCGACAGGGUGAUUGGGCCAAGCCGAAUCCCUGCCAUCAAGGACCGGUUAGAGAUGCCUUAUAUGGAUGCCGUGGUGCAUGAGAUUCAGCGAUUCAUCGACCUCUUGCCCUCCAACCUGCCCCAUGAAGCAAUCCAGGACACAAUGUUCAGAGGAUACGUCAUCCCCAAGGGUACGGUCGUGGUCCCAACGCUGGACUCCCUCUUGUUUGACAACCAAGAGUUCCCUGAUCCAGAGAAGUUUAAGCCAGAGCACUUCCUGAAUGAAAGUGGAAAGUUCAAGUACAGUGACUAUUUCAAGGCAUUUUCUGCAGGAAAGCGGGUGUGUGUUGGAGAAGGCCUGGCUCGCAUGGAGUUGUUCCUGUUCUUGUCCGCCAUUUUGCAGCACUUUAACCUGAAGCCUCUCGUUGACCCCAAGGAUAUCGAUCUCAGUCCCAGCACAAUUGGGUUUGCCAAAAUCCCACCCCGUUACAAGCUCUGUGUCAUUCCUCGUUCGGGUGUGUGAGGCACACAUGCCCUGAAGACCCCUGUCCUAGGCUCUUUGAUGCAAGCCUGGAGACUUCCUGCUCUCCCAAAUCCCCUUGGAUGCCUCCAGGAGGAUUCUCCCUGCACGGUCUCAUCAAGGGCAGUCAGGGCUUCACCGGGAAUAAAUUGGCUCAGAGAUGCCGCUUUCCAGAGUCACAUU